UAUAGGUAUUAUUGAUUAUACUAUCUGCUUAUGCGUGUUCCGAGAAUAUGAUAUAAAUCGCAUCGGUAUAAAUAGCGUAACUGUUCGUAAGCAUAAGGUGCCAUAGGUUCGGGAAGUCAAUCUGAUACCAGAAAUAUGCUCGUGCUUCAAAAUUGUAAAUACAAUAUUACAACAAGGGCUCUAAAUCUGACGAAACUACAUGCAGUUGUUAAGUUAGUUCUGUCUCUAACCAGCCUACUCUAUGGCAUUUAUGGAAGAGGAGCCAUUGACAACUGCAUGGAAUUGCAUGGCUGUAUAUUCUCCUUGAUAACGUUCUUUUUCUGCAUACCCACAUAUAAGGGUUUGAAAGAGGGACGUUCAGAUCUAUUGACCAUAGGACUGAUACUAUAUGUUUAUGAAUUCGUUGCUGUUCAAUUUGUGUUUCAAUACUUUUUCAACGAAUUGGUGCUGUGGAACGGUUUACCCUCAGGACUGGGCGCCAUCUUCCUUUCUCUGCCGGUCACCAGUUACCUUGUCUACUAUUCCUGUCUUCUAACAACAGCGAGACAUCAAAUGAUAAAAUAACGCGAAAACAGUUGAAAGUGGAAAUCGAUUCGUAGUUAUAUAUAUAUAUAUAUAUAUAUAUAUAUAUAUAUAUAUAUAUAUAAUAUAUAUAUCUGUGUCUGUAUUACCAAAGAACAAAAUAAUAAAAAGAUGGUUAUAGUUUAUGAUGACAGAAAUAACAGAACAUCCAACCAUGAAUAAUGUACAGCGUAACUUAAGAACUAGUAACUCUGGAUAAAGAAGAGGAAAAAUGACCUUUGAUGUUCCUUCAUGUGCUAUCUACUGUUAUUAGUUUUUUUAUGUUUUUGAGAUUGAUCUUAAAAUAUAUACAAGAUGCAAGUUGGGC